GGUUCCAUCUUCGACCGUCCUCUCUGUGCUUAUUGGUUGGAGGAUGGUUUCACGGGUUCUGGUCUCGGUACCCGAAGCCUGCACUCUGUUCCGGGUAAACGGGCGGAGCUUGGUCGUUUCUACCCUGGCGGCAAGUGGGGAGAAGCCAUCGGGUGGAGGUGCUCUCCUGGCAGACGGCCGAGUCGUAAAUCAUGACCAGUCGGUCGCUCGGAGCGCAUCGUGACAAACAGCCUGAAAACCUUUGGAAAACAUCGGCCGCGAUCGAUCCACUCUCCGUAGUACCGAUCUCUAAUUUCGUUUCUUCGCUACCUCGCUUCGGUACCGGCGGCUGUGUGCUCAGGUUCGACCCAAGCAAGCAUUCGCUCGCGCUCGCAACGCGUAUCGUAUCGUAUCAGUGAUACCAAGUAGACAUUUCGCUUUGGAAAUUCCUCAUUAUUCGCAAAGACGCUGAAUGAAGAUCGUGGAGUUGAUGUGGAAGUGAUCGGUUUUCACAAGAGAGAAAGAGAGAGAGAGAGAAAGAGAGCAGCAUGUGCAGCAACGAGAGCCCGCCGCCGGCGAAAGAGCCGCUAGCCGUCGGUCUAGGUAACCCGAUGACAGGCUUCUUGCCUGGAUUGGAACACUACAGACUGCAAUUGUACCAUUACGCAAUGGCCGAGAGAUUGAGGCUGGCUCAGCAGUUGCACCCUCAGCAUCCAGGCGUAGGCCACCCUCCGUCUAGCGCUCCAACUCACCUAGGAAUGGGCCCAGGGUUUCCUGCGCCGCUACCGCUAUAUCCGGCGGCGGCCGCUGCUGCCGGAUAUCCCAGUCGAUUAGCCCUCUCCAUGGCUCUUCUCCAUCCUCAUCACCAGCGGAUACCGGAGGAGCCGAAACCCCAACACAGUUACAUCGGUCUGAUCGCCAUGGCGAUCCUCUCCUCGCCGGAGAAGAAACUCGUGCUAUCGGACAUCUACCAGCACAUAUUGGAACACUAUCCUUACUUUAGAACGCGGGGGCCAGGCUGGAGGAAUUCGAUAAGACACAAUCUAUCUUUGAACGACUGUUUCGUCAAGUCGGGCAGAAGCGCCAAUGGAAAGGGCCACUACUGGGCCAUACAUCCGGCGAAUUUGGAGGAUUUCAGACGAGGAGAUUUCAGGAGACGCAAGGCUCAGAGGAAGGUCAGAAGGCACAUGGGUCUGGCUGUCGACGAGGAGCCUGACAGCCCGAGUCCGCCACCCCUGCCGGCGACACCACCUCCUCCAGCGACUCUAGGACCUCCGGUGGCUUCUCAGCCGAUGCCAGGAAUCUGGACGCCUCAUCACCAUCAUCCACACCAUCAACAGCAACAACAGCAGCAACAACAGCAGCAGCAGCAACAAUCGUUCCAGAGUCAAACUCUCAGACAGUCCUCGACUUUCCAACCUUCGAGGAAGAGACAGUUCGACGUGGCGUCUCUGCUUGCGCCCGAUGACCAGCAUCAUCAGAUAGAGUCCGAUCUGAAGCCGCAGAAGACGAGGAGAUUUAGUUGCAGCGAGGACGAGCUACACGAUCUCCAGGAGGCCGAUCAGGACGAGGAGGACGUGGACGUGGACGUGGUGGCCGAGACAAACGCUCUGCCGUCGCCAAACACGCCGUCGGCCAGUCCCGAGGCUAAGGUCAUCUCGACGGCCAGUCACUGGACGACCAAUCAGGCCAUUCAGAGCGGUCAAAUCUCGGGGCUGCACAUUCAGAGUCAUCUCCAGGCGAGGAAUUACUACGUGCCAGCGACAUCCAGCAACGGGCCCACCGUUCAAUAGAAGAUUUGGUGCUUGUGAAGGUGAACGAUGCUGCGAGUAAGCGACGUGUAGAGGUGGACGUAAAGGUGAUGGAUAAGAGGUCGGGAAUUCCUUUGAUGGAAUGGGGUUUUUUUUUUAAUGUUGUUUUUCGAGAGUUGGCCUCGGGGCGGAGAUUUCGAGGCGUGGUGGUUCACGAACGAAAUUUACUAGCUCGAUAAGUCAGAUACACGCGCGGAAUGUUUAUUUCAUUGAAUACAGAUUUCUGCGAAUGUAGUAGAACCUUGAUUAUCUGAGUUGAUUAUAGUUACAUGCUGCUGUUGCUACGAGAAAAUGUAACCUUCUUUCAAUUUCUAUUUAUGUUUUGCUGAUUUUUCUUGCAAGGGACCAUUUUCGAAUUUUUCAUUAACGAACGUACGAAAAUCGAGGUUCUGCUGUGCGUUAGAUUGUUUUCGUUACACACUGCAUGUCCAGAGUUCAAAUUCAAGCUACUAAAUUUCGAUUUUGAUCCAGUACGCGUCGCCUGAGCCAAGCUGGUGCUAACUAGUCGUGCCAAAUUGCGAAAUUGUUUUAGUUCCUUCGGCUAUGCCAAUUCGAUUCUUCGUCUUGUAAUUAGAUGAUCAAUAUUUAUCUAAUUAUCUUUGUAAAUAUUUUGUAAUUAUUCUUUCUUUUGUUUCGAGGUAUGCGGUGCAAUAUCUCAUUUUCGCAUAUUUCUUCUUCUUCUUCUUUUUCUUUUUUGUUUUUUUUGAACGAAACCGACGGUUUUCCCACUUCUCCAUUAAUCGACUGUACGAACUGAUACAAAUCGCGACGUUUCUUUUAGUUCGAGUCCGGUACUUGAAUCCAUGUAUCGUGCAACACGUGUUAUAGGGAACGAGUCUAUGUGUACUAUAUUAAUAUAAAUGUAUAAGAAUUCAGGUAGUCGGAGGUUUCGAGGCUACGAUUCCAUCAUCAGCACACCGAGCAUCGUUAACUUUUUACAGCGUUUAUCGAGGCUUUGAAAAUGAAUCUUUAGAAUAAUUAAAAAAAAAAGAAAAGGAAAAACAAAAUACCAAUCACAACGUAGUAAAGCAAUAACUGUAGAAAGUUAACUUAUCGCGUGAUCUCUGACGCGUUGCUGCUAAUAAUUAUUUGAAUGACUCGAGAAACUCACAAACGUUAGAUCAAAGAUACGGACGAAUCAGCUCGUUUCGUUUAAUUUCUCAAUUUACUGUAGAAAGAUAGAAAAAUAAUAAAUUCUUACGAAUUCUUCUGAAUCUGAGAAACCCUGAAGUUUCAUUUGAACUUGUUGCAGUUUCUAAAAAAAUGAAAUGCACCGAUCUCCGAAUAAUUGCGAACGGUAAACACGCGAAACACAUCGUGUGUUAACGAUGGAAUUGUAACUCGAGGGCCGAGAAAUUCGUGUAAAUAAAAGGAGGAAGCUGUAAUAAAGUGGAGGAGACGAACGUAAUUUCAUUACGUUUUCCCGUAACGUAACGAUGAAAUUUCAAAAUGUGGGGCAUUACAUCGGACUGAGAAAGCAGACCCGCCUGUUCAAAGUGUAAUAUACAAUCUCGUUGGAAAGUUUAUUAAGAUCUUUAGUCUCGUCUUUACUAUUAAUCCACGCGUCGUCACUCGAACGAUAUACACGGUGUACGAAGAAUAUUAUUCUGUGCAACCCGCCGCCACCCCCCUCCCCUCCUGCCCACACUCCCUCUGUAUGUAUGUAUGUAUGUAUGUAUGUAUGUACAUGUACCUAUAUAUACGUGCCUACGUAUAAUUGAGAUGUAUCACGAUUAACAGAACAAACCGAAACACGAAACGGAAAUAUCAAUGGAAAUGACACACACGGACACGCGGACAAACACGAGGCAUGAUGACAGACAGAUAGAUCGUGGUUUUUUAAAGGUUACUUCUCUAAAGUAAUACGGAUAUACGUGAUCGAUCUGUCUUUCUUGAUUCUCAGCGCGGAAACUGCCGCAUCUCGAUGCAACUGAAGCUGAAUAAAGUUUCUGUUCCCAUGAA